UUUCUCUGCAUGGUAAAAUUCUGCCUAAAGCCAUAGUGUUUAUAAUAUGGGUAUAAAGGAUAAAUCACAGGGUUUGGAAGAUGAAACGAUGGAUACUAUUAGUAUCCUGAGCAGUUCUGUUGAUCAGUUAAGUGUAGGGUCUUCAGAAGAUUUGAAUAUGGUGGAGAAUCCAAGAACAUGGAAUCAGCAAUUCGAAAGCAUUGUUGAUGAAUUAUUAGAAGUGAGAAAAGUUGGGUCAAAAGAGCGGGAAGGACAUUUGAGGAAACUAUACAACUUGUGCACUCGAUAUUAUGUAAAACGAGUUGCCGAAAAAAUCGGUCCUCUGGAAGAAAUACUCUUAAAGCUCUUCCACUCUUCACGUUCUGAUGCUGAAGUUAUUAUCACAAUGAGACUGUUGUGUGCUUUAUGUUUGGCUUCAGUAUUUUCAGUAGAGGGACUUUGGACUGCUACAGAGGGUCGUUUCAAUGCUCUCGUAAAUGAUGCCCAGUCAACAGCAGUAAAGUGUGAAGCUAUGCUCUCUUUAUCGCUUUUGACAGUCCUCUUGGACUCUGAGCCUGAUAUUAUCGACUUUGGUUAUCAACUUGCAAGUAUCAUCGAGUCUGAUGGUGCAGUGGUUAAUGCAGAGGAUAACGAAGACGUGGUUGGGAUUGCUUGUCAAUCCCUUGGACUCUUGCUAACCGGCAUAACAUCCUACAGUGAAUUCGUCAGCUCUGCUGCUGAAGCACUUGCUGAGCAAUUGGAAGCUGCCAGUAUAGACGUACAGAUGGGAGCUGGGCAAGCUCUGGCAGCUUUGUAUGAGCGUAUUACAGACACGCAUUCUGAAGAAGAAAAUGGAAAAGGAUCCAUAGAUAAUGAUAUUUUUCCUGAUCGCAUUCAUUUACUUUCUAUUCUUCGUGACCUUUCCACUGAAUCCUCUAAAAGUAUCGCUAAAAAGCAUAGAAAAGUGUUACACCAAACAUUCCGAAACGUCCUUCAAACAAUUGAAAAUCCUCGAUCUUCUGGUAACUUAAGGUCUUCUAUGAGAAUAGGCAAGUCGACAGUUCAGCUUGACACCUGGAAAAAGAUUCUACGAGCCCAAAGUCUUAAGUACAUCUUACGGUCAGCAUUUCCUGUUUACUUUGCGAAAAGCUCUUUUCUUCGUAAUUUCAUGGAUUAUUCUGGGUAUGUUGCUGGUAUAGCUAUGAGUGAUUCUGAAUCCGACAAUGAAGAAGAAGAAGCGGAAAAUUACAUUGAUGACCAGAAAAGGGGUCUUACAGGCGCCGAAAGAAGAGAAAAAGACCGUGUUCGUGACCGACAAAGACGUCAGGAGCAGAGAAACAGAACUGACUUUGUCAAUUCUUAUUAUUUCUCUUAAAAAUGGUUUUAGCAACAAAAAGAACUUCUCCGAGCCCACGAAUUAUAAUUGUUUUAUUGGUAUAUACCUUUGGACCCUAUUUUAAUUAGUCAUUUGACUUUACUCCUAUUCCCUUUUGUUUUGGUUUUUUUUUUUUUUUUUUUACUAUGGAUAUCUGGUUAUGAUUAUAUUUAUCUUAUCAUUAAGCACGCUUGCUUACAAUUUAUAAAAUUUUAUCGGGCUAAUAAAAAUUAAUUCAUAAUUUACAACUAAUAAACAUUCCCUUUCCUUUCCAAA